AUGUCUACCAAAAAACUGUUUAUAACUGGUGCAACUGGGUACAUUGGAGGGAGCGCUCUUGAAGGAAUCCUCAACCAAUUCCCAAACAUUCUAGCUACAGCUCUGCUCCGCUCGUCGUCCGCCGAAUUCAAGGCUCGAUAUCCAAACAUCGAAAUCGUGCUUGGGGAUUUUGAUGCCUUCGAAGUCAUCGAGAAGAGCGCCGAGGAUGCUGACAUUGUCAUUCACACGGGAGAUAGCGACCACCCAGGCUGUGCAGCCGCGAUCCUUUCUGGCCUUCAGAAGAAGACAACGCCGAGUUUUCUCAUCCAUCUUACUGGCACUGGCUGUAUUUCCGACGAGCAAAUACACGAGAUAUAUGAUCUCCCAGACUCGGCAAAGCAUCAUGUCAUUGAUAAGGACAUCAUGAAUGCUUCCAAUGGGCUACUGAAAACGGCAUGCAUUUGUCCUCCAGACAUAUACGGGCAGAGUUCUGCCGUGGGGACUAGGGCUACAUUCUUGGUUCCCGAAUACGUGAGAGUGGCAAUGGAAAAUAAAGUAGCCUUCUAUCUAGGCAAAGGAGAGAACAUGAGGGCUGUCACAUAUAUUGACGACGUUGUGGAUCUGUUUGUGAUCUUAGUGGGCCAAGCCUUGCAAGGCGGAGGAUCAGCACAAUGGGGAAGAGAGGGAUUUUAUUUUGCCGUUUCUGGUGAGGCCAGGUGGAUCGACGCCGCCGAAGCUGUGAACAGGAUUGGUCUCCAACAAGGAUGGCUGCCAGCAGAAAGCAAGCCGGUUUCGUGGACCGAAGCACAAGUGAACGCUAUCUUUCCACAUAUGCCAGGCAUGGCUCUCUACCUCUGGGGCUCGAAUAGUCGAGCUGAAUCUGUGAGGGCAAGAAACCUAGGCUGGAAGCCCCAUGGGCCGAGCUUUUGGGAAUCGCUUGAGGAAGACGUCUCCAUUGCAGUGGCAAAGCUGAGAAAAUAA